CUAGGGGGAGCGGAAGGGAAGGGAAGGGAAGGGAAGGGAAGGGAACGCAGAACAGAGGAGGAAGAAGAAGAAGAAGAAGAAGAAGCAGAAAGACGUCACCGCAAUCGAAAUUUCUGGCGGCUCCAACGUCCAAAACAGACAGCACCAGGAGCUUCAUCUCGGACAGGCAAGGGCUAGCUCGAGCACGAAGGGAGACGCCGCGUUUGGGAGUUAUGGUACUGUGGGAGAUCACAUUGGCGACUGCCUACUUCCUUGGGCUGAAACGCACUUAUAGGUUGGCUUUGAGGAUUCAGAGGAGGCUGAUCAGCCGUAGGCACCCUAAGACCCGUCAAUUUGUUCAGAGGCGGACCCGUGCAGUGUUUGAUGUGGCCCUUAAAGUUCACCGAAACAUUCAAGAAAGGGACAUUGAAGUGGGGCGGAAUCUGGGUAACCGAAUCCUGCGAUGGCUGGACCGAAUGAAACCGUCAGCUCAGAUACGUGGAUCUCCUCCACCCAAGUCCACGACUGAUUCAGGUCCAAGCAUGAACACGACUAAGCAGAUGAAGAGCCCUGCAAACCAGAAAUCUCCUGGAAGCUUCGGUGUUCCCAGAAAUGGUGAAACUGAUAGGCAUAUGUUUAGCUCGAGGGUCAUGUGGUCCAAGCCAUUUCCAACAAUCUCAAUGAUGAUGAGGCCAACCAACCGAGUUGGUAGUCUGACUCAGUACAGGCAUUUAAGCAUGAACAGGCUUGAUAAGUGGGAUGGAGCUAUUCGCAAAGAUAUAAUGCAGUGGAUGCUGCAGAAGUGAAUGAGAUGUUGUUAUGUUUGUAUAUCCGAUACCCCGAAGGUAGAAGAAGCAAGACUCGGGGUUUCUUCGUCUCUGCAAGUCUUCGCUUGGCUGGAAAUUUCUUUCUUUUUCCUCCAUGUUCUGUUGUGCAUAUUCAAGAUGCUCUUCUCGGGGAUUUCUUGUUUUCUGGAAUAAGGUCUCGUUCAUCCCGCGUUGGGAAUUGGAUUGUUGCGGUGGGCAUGAAACGAUUUUCCUUUCCUUAAGAUUCUGAAAGUGCUUAUUAGAAUCCGGUCUUUUUCUUCUCA